UCUCGAGCGGUAACAUAGACAAUGUGUUUGCAAUAAGCAACGCAACCGGCGCCCUGUACGUAGCCAAGGCGUUGGAUUAUGAGAAGAUCAAAAAAGUCCACAGGGUAUGAGCUACGGUUGACGGCAUCGGAUAAUUUUAAGGAAAACUACACCACCGUUCUGAUCAACGUACACGAUGUAAACGACAAUCCGCCGGUAUUUGAGAAAUCGUCCUAUCGCACACAAAUCACCGAGGAAGACGACCGAGGCUUGCCAAAGCGUGUGCUGCGGGUUACCGCCUCCGAUGCCGACGUGGAGCGUCCCAACAACAUCAUCUACUUUCUGACUGGGCCCGGUAUUGACAUCGAAAAUCCCUCCGACAGCUACUUUGACAUCAACAAGGCCACUGGGGAAAUAUUUGUGCUUAAGCCUCUGAACCGUGAUCCACCACACGGACGAGCGUCUUGGAAGUUUACCGUCUUUGCGCAGGACGAAGGAGGCGAGGGUUUGGUGGGCUUUACGGAGGUGCAGAUCAACCUGAAAGACAUCAACGACAAUGCGCCCCAGUUCCCGAACGGCAUUGCGUAUGGAAACGUGAUUGAAAAUGGCACCAUCGGCAUGUACGUGAUCACAAUAAAGGCCGAAGACCAUGACGAUAUCAACGAAGGCACUAACGCGAAGAUCAUUUACUCGAUCGAGAAGAACGCGAUCGAGGAGAAUACUGGUUUGCCGAUCUUCGACAUCAAUCCGAACACAGGACUCAUCACGACGGCGGUAUGCUGUCUCGAUCGGGAGAAGACGCCCGACUACUCGGUGCAGAUAGUGGCCACCGAUGGCGGAGGUUUGAAGGGUACGGGAACAGCUUCCAUCAAGGUGAAGGAUCUGAAUGAUAUGCCGCCUCGGUUCACCAAGGACGAGUGGUUCGUUGAGGUGGAGGAAACCGACGGUAGUGUGCUGCCCGAGGCACCGAUACUGACCGUGACGGUGAAUGAUGAUGAUGAGAUAAACAAUUUCCAAUAUAAAAUCAUUGAAAGCAGCGGUUACGGGGCAAAUAAGUUCGCGAUGGUAAAGAACGCGGACGGUACGGGAAGUUUGAAGGUGGCCCAGCCGCUAGACUACGAGGAUCCGAUGCAGAUAAAUGGCUUUCGCUUUCGGAUACAGGUGAUCGAUAACGAUGAGAUUGACGAGAGCGACAAGAACCACGUUGACCAUUCGUGGGUGAUUGUGAAGUUGAAGGAUAUUAACGAUAAUACGCCUCGCUUCAAGAAGCCGCACAUCAAGGCGGCUGUGUAUGAGAACGCGGACGUGGGGAAAAACUUGGGCACCUUCAAUGCGUUCGACAUUGACAAGGGCGGUAAGAGCAAAAUUACCUACAACAUUAACCGUGCUACAGACCGGAAGCGCCAGUUUGCCAUCGACCAGGAAGGUACGGUGACGAUUCAACGUGAACUGGAUCGGGAAGCGAUGACGAAACACUCACUUGAAAUUCUGGCCACCGAUGACGGUGUACCGCCGCGCACGGCCUCUGCCAUCUUGACCGUGUUGGUGAAGGACAUCAACGACAAUGCGCCGGUAUUCGCGGAAGAUUAUCGGCCCAUUCUGCUCGAAAACUCACCACCGUCGAAGGUUAUCGAAAUCUCCGCCGUUGACAGAGAUGACCGACUGAAGGGCAACGGGGCACCGUUCCAGUUCCGCAUGGACCCGGACGCAGACGAUGUGAUUCGCACGUCCUUCAAGGUGGAACAGAGUAACGAGGGUGACGGUAUGGCGAUCAUUUCAUCUCUCGGCUCGUUUGAUCGCGAGUACCAAAAGCGAUACACCAUUCCGAUCGUUAUCAAGGACUCGGGCACUCCACCGCUAACCGGCACCAGCACGCUGACGAUCACCAUCGGUGAUCUGAACGAUAACAUCAUGCAGCCCGGCUCCAAGGAGGUGAUCGUGUACAACUACCAAGGCCAGGCGCCGGACACACCGAUCGGGCGUGUGUUCGUUAACGAUCUCGACGAUUGGGACACCUCGGACAAGCUGUUCUAUUGGGAUGAGGCCGAGAAUCCACGCUUCAAGAUAGACGACACAUCCGGUAUGGUGACGAUGCGGCGCGGUGCACGCGAGGGACGCUACAAGCUGCGCUUCAAGAUCUACGACCGCAAGCACGCACAUGAAUCGUACGCCAACAUGUCGGUAGUGGUGAAGCAAAUCUCCUACGAGGCGAUCGUCAACUCCGGCUCGAUCCGGCUGAUCGGCAUUACGGAUGAGGAUUUCAUACGCAUCUGGAACUAUCGCACCCAGAACAUCUUCCGUAGCAAGCUGGAGCGGUUCCGGGACAAGCUGGCGGAGCUGCUGAACGUGGACGUGAAGAAUGUGGACGUGUUCAGUGUUCAGAUGAAGGACCUGUUGGUGCCGCUGACCGAUGUGCGGUUCGCCGUGCAUGGCGCGUACUUCUACAAGGCGGUGCAGCUGAACGGCGUGAUACUGCUGCACAAGGAGGACAUCGAGCAGGAGGUGGGCAUCAACAUCACGAUGGUAAACGUGGAUGAGUGUCUGCUGGAGAAUGCGGACUGUGCCGGGUCGUGCACCAGCAUCAUCGAGGUCCAGACGAACCCCUGCCUAGUUAAUGCGAACAAAACCGCCCUGGUUGGGGUGCAGAUCAACUCCACGGCGGAGUGUGUGUGCAGCUCGCGAGAGUACAAGCAGCAGCAGACCUGCAAAUCCCAUCCCUGUCUGAACGGUGGUCGCUGCACCGAUUCCAAGUCGGGCAUCAAGUGCUCGUGUCCACCAGGCUACACGGGGCCCCGCUGUCAGCAGGUCGUACGUAGCUUCCGUGGCAGUGGCUGGACCUGGUACCCACCGCUCGACAUGUGCGACAAGUCGCAUAUCAGCGUCGAGAUCAUCACAACGAAGCCGGAUGGUUUAAUUUUCUACAACGGACCUAUCACACCACCGAAGGAGGACGACACGUUCAAGCAGUUGUCCGAUUUUAUUGCACUCGAGCUGGAGCAGGGCUAUCCUCGGUUUCUCAUUGAUUACGGCUCGGGUACGCUAGAGUUACGCAUCGCGACCAAACAUCCGCUCAACGAUGGCGAAUGGCACCGGAUCGAUCUGUUCUGGGACACUGAGCAGGUGAAGAUGGUGGUCGAUUUCUGCAAGACGGCCGAAAUCACCGAAACUGACGACGGUAACCUGGUCGACUUUAUUGACCACACCUGCCAGGCGCUGGGCAAGGUGCCGCAGUUCAACGAAUAUCUGAAUCUCAACACGCCGCUCCAGAUUGGCGGUGUGUUUAGGGAAAAGUUUGACUACACGUACAGCCGCUGGCAGUACAUGCCGGUUGGGGUCGGUUUGAAAGGGUGCAUACGCAAUUUUAAGCACAACGGAAUUCUGUACGACCUGUCCCACCCGGGACUGUAUAAGGGUAGUGCACCCGGUUGUUUGUACACGCAGGAGGUGUGUGAUCUGAAUCCACGGUGUCUCGAGCACGGCAAGUGUGUCGGUAGCUAUGUCGAGGCCAAGUGUGAAUGCAAUCCCGGUUGGACGGGCACGUACUGCAGCUUGCCCACCACUCCAACCACGUUCAAGACGCACAGUUACGUGAAGUACGCGCUCAGCUUCGAGCCGGAUAAGUUCACGACGCAGAUUCAGCUGCGGUUCCGCACGCGCGAAACGUACGGCGAGCUGUUCCGCAUCAGCGAUCAGCAUAUGCGCGAGUACGGCAUCAUUGAGCUAAAGGGUUCCAAGGUGUACUUCCGGUACAGCUUAAACACGGGUCAUGUGGAGGAGCAGGAGUUAGCGUUGACGGCGGUCGAGGUGGACGACGGACAGUGGCACGUGGUGAAGGUGCAAAGAUACGGCUCAGUGGCUAUCCUGGAACUGGACGGGGGUGAGGGUGCCAACUUCAACCAAAGCUUCUCGUUCGACGGGCAUCAGUGGCUGUCAGUGGACAAACAGGAGGAUGUGUAUGCGGGCGGCAAGCCAGAGUUUACCGACGUGCAGACGUACGAUAUCAUGUCGGACUAUCAGAAGAGUUGCAUCGACGAUAUCAGAUUGGACGGUAAAAGCUUGCCACUUCCGCCAGCCACCAACGGUACCCAGUGGGGUCAGGCCACGAUGGCCAAAAACAUCGACCGCUACUGUUCCUCCAACAAUCCUUGCCAGAACGCGUACUGUCCGGAUCCGUUCGAGUGUGUCGACCUAUGGAACAAGUACGAGUGCGCCUGUGGCGAUGGUAUGAUCAUCUCACCGGAAGGCAAGACCUGUAUCGAUCGGAACGAGUGUCUGGACUAUCCGUGUUUUAAUGGAGGCACUUGCAUCAACCAGGAGCCGCGCCAAAAGUACAAGUGCAUCUGUCCAGACUCGUACUGGGGCGAGAGUUGUGAGUUUCUGAAGGAACGACAAGCGCUUAAAUUCAGCACCAGUGCCUUGGCCGCCGUUAUAGCCUGUCUAUUACUGAUCAUUAUUUUGCUGUUUGUUUAUUUUUCCUGCUCCCGACGUCGUUCGGCUAACUUCAACAAGAAGCCGGCCACCAAGGACGACAUUCGCGAAAACAUCAUCAACUACUGCGACGAAGGUGGUGGCGAGAACGACAUGACCGCGUUUGACAUGAAGACACUCAAGAUCCCGAUUGGUCCGCUGCCAGAGCUCGUUCAACAUAAGGCACCGCCAGUACGUCCAGAUAUUGCCGUCGUGUCCGACCAAGUCGUCGGCAAGGUGGACGUGUUCCUGGACGACCGGAAGCGACGCGUCGACAUCGACUCAGCCUCCGGGCCAUUCGACGAUCUGCGUAACUACGCCUACGAAGGUUGUGGGAGUACCUCGGGUUCGCUAAGUUCCUUACAGUCAGGUACGGACGAUGAACCCCAUGAGUAUAGCUUUUUAACAAUAUGGGGUCCCCGUUUCGAUAAGUUAGUCAAUAUUUACGAACCAAGCAAAGCGCAGAUCGAAGAUGACGAUGUUAGUUAAGAGUAACUGUAGCUGUCGCAGAUGCUGUAAGUCUUUUGUUCCUGAGAUCAACGUUCGUGCGCGCUCGUUUAGUUUAUCACGAAAUACCGUCAGACGAAGCUGAAUGAUGCGCACGGACUUGUAGAUAAAUAAUUGCGUUCAAAACCUUCAACCCCCCAAGGAGAUUAAAGAACAAAUUCGUCGUAUAAGACAUACGAUUUAGGGGUUUUCUUGCCGGUGUUUGAGCUAACCGGAAGAUAUUCUUUGUAAAAUAGUCACUAAAAUCCAUAAACUCAUAGAAAUCCCCGUUUACGAUGUGGACACAGUCGUUCGAGCCGAAGCGGGACUGAAACACUGUUUUUCAGCAGUGCAUCAGUUCGCAAGAAGUGAAGAAGUUGCGAAAAUGGAAGUAUAUUGGAGCAGAUGCAGUUUAAAUCGAUUCUAUUAACUUCCAAUAGAUGGUACCGUGAAGCUUCAAACAGCCAAACGGUGCAACACGCAGAGUUGGAUAGCUCAGAAAACGAGAGCAUCACAUGCUCGCUAUGAUUGCGUAACAAAAAGCGCAUCAUUGUAACUAUUUCGGUUAUGAUAGGUCGGUAUACUGUAAAUAAUGAAUAUAAAAUCAAAUCUACAAUCUACACGUUGCGUACAGACACGUAAUAGUUUAGUGCGAAGGAAGACACUGUAAAAACACUGGACAGUUCUUUCAGAAAGGAAAAACGAGCAAAAAAAAACGAUCUCCCAGGGCAGAAAAUGACACAAGAAUUAUUAGCUUUUGUGGUCAAAAUAUUAAACGAAUUAUCAUUUUUAUGAAAAUAACUUAUGUACACGAGUACACUAAUAAUGUACACGUGUUCCUUCAAAAGCCUCACGGAGCGAGUGAAACGAUAUUGCCAUGUUGGUAAAAGCAUCGUCAACGUUAUAGAUCAGGGGCCUCCAAACUUUUCAGUUCGCGGGCCGCAUUGCUUCUAAAAUAACAAUGUUGAGGGCCAUUUGACGCUACCGUUAACUGAUGAUUGAACGUUUAAAUCUCGUUUUUAUAACAAAAUACUAACGUUACUUGUACAGCUUCUUGUUACUAAAGCUUGAUUUUUGUCUAAGAAAAGUAAAAAAUACAAUUUUAUUUGAAAAAGUCAUAAUAACGUAAUAUUUAUAUUAACUCUGGCAAAGUCAUCGUAGGCCGAAUUAUAAGCUCUUGAGGGCCGCAUGCGGCCCGCAGGCCGUAGUUUGGAGACCCCUGUUAUCGAUGGACGAUGAUCCUGUGAAAGGAAACCCAUGCAGUAACUGGUAGAAGUAGCCCAUCCAUAAAAUCGUUAACGUUGUUUCCGGUGAGAUAGUGAGAGACAAAAACUCUGCUCAAUAGAAUCCUCUAUUGGUCUCAAGAAACCUUGACAAGGUAAAAUUCCGUACUCUUCAUUAUUUUUCAUCCGUAUGAUGAACUUGUCACAAAUAGGAAAACUCCAAAUAUUUCUAAAGCACGAAACAAAAUCCCAAGAAAAUCAAAGCAGAAACAAAUAAUCAAACGAACCAAUAAGCGCACAAUAACCUCACCUGCAAAUGGACUGCAAGUGGACAAAACUUACGAACAAAACUCGAAAUCAAUCAAAAGUUCUAACAAAAGAAACAAAAACCGGGGACCGGUACAGAUUACAAAGCAAACACGUGCUCACCAGCCUCCCAAACUACCAGACAACCUACUUUUUUGACCGGAAUAAAAAGUUUUAUGCACGAAUGAAAGCAAAGAUAUCUACAAAUCCACCCGCACAAGCUUAUAACAAGAAAGCGUAGUUCGGUCAAACUUCGAUAGGACAUGGGUCGAUUUUGGUUCUUAAUAUUUUUAGAGCUUGCUUUAAGAAUGAAAAAAGCCACAUAAUGCUUAAUUCUAAAAUGCCACAUAUUGGUCGAUUUGAGGUCGAUGGUUUGGUUUUCGAAUGAAACGUCUCUUACAAUAUUCUCCUCUGAUUAUUGAGAAACCUUACAACUGAAAAAAUCCAUUGUGUUUUGCACAACAGCUUAAUUACACCCAUUUUUUCUCGGAAGGAUCAAUGGAAAUAGCUCCAUUUUAAUGUAAGAUUAAUGAAGCCACUCACUUGUGCAGGGUAAUGAGUAAUUUGUGUUUUCAAUCAAUUACGAUGAAUGUUUCUAUCACUUUGAACGAUGAUGCGGUAAAUAAAAUGCAUGAUAAGGAUGAUAGUGAUGAACAAGGGGCGGGAGGAGGAGCAGGGCAUUUUAAAAGUUGAUCAAAAGAACAAAUUUGAGAAUUGUUCGAAGUGCUGCACAACACAACUUCAAGCGUUGCAAUGAAUGAACGUUAGUGAAGUGCAAUUUGUAGCAUUUUCCUUUCGCUCAGCAACCCUAAGAGUCUCCAAGGCGAAAAUGUAUCCAGACUUUGCAGUGAAGUUUCGUUGAACAAAUAGCACACUGAAAAGAUGGUUGAUAAUGUUUGGUACGCCAAUAAAAAGACUUCCUUUCGAUAUCGAUUUCUUUCAUCUAUGUUCUGUUUGAGCAUGCAUUUAAAUAUUUUAUAAGAUUAUUGGACACACAAGGUACCGCCGCAGUACGCUUCAAGGAUCAGUCGUGUUUACUUUAUUGAUUUGCAAUACAUUUGAGGUGGUAUAUUGGUUAGAACGAGUAGUAGAUUUAUACAGCUUCUUGCAUAGUGUUUGUCGGGUGUGGCAACUUUGACUAUCGAAAUAUGAACGAAUUGUUUAUUUUCAAGUUGUUAUGCAUCAUUCUUCCAGCAAUGGUUUAAAUUUUUUUAACGGCGAACGAGGUUGUAGUAAGAGAAAUAAUGAAACGUGAACGACUCGUAGCGUUGAUAAAAAAGGAAAUCCAGCUCAAACAAUUUGUACGAUGCUUGAUCGAAGCGCAAAUACAGUUAAUUCGUCCAAUUGUGUAUGUGUGUGUUUAUGUAAACGAGAUGAAUGGAAUACUAACAUAACAUAACAAAAAUAAACGGUAAGUUUAUUCCCCCCCCCCCCCCGUCUCCCACCAAAAACGAACACAAAAAUAAAUCAAAAAGCCAACUACAUUUACAUACUCCAAUGGUAAUUGACAAACGAUAAGAGGUGCAUUUUCAAUCGAUCAUUUUUGUGCUUGAAUGAUGGAUACACAAAUGAACAAACGAGUACGUUCUAAAGCACGGUAGGACAUACGAACAAUUUGGUGGCGUGUCCAAAAGAAAGCAAAUAUUACAACAGGCUAUAAACGAACUAUAGAAGAAUCAUAAAAUGAUACACAGAGAAAAUAAAAGUUACAGAAGACAACCAAAACUUACCAACUGAUCAAGUAAUUUAAAACACUGCGUGAUUUUUUAUUGGAAGGAAAAAGACGCACUCUCAACUAAGAAUUGGUUUGUGAGCCAUGUUUUGAUUAUAGGUUUUUUAUAUAUAUUGUGGUACAAGUGGUACAGCGACAGACAAAAAGAAAAAAAAAACAAAAACUCACAAAGACAAAAAAACAAAAACAUUGGAGAACAACGUAAUUUGUAUGAAAU